AUGCCCGGACCCAGUCCCUCCCCGGCCGGAGCAUCGCCGGCCGGUGCGGCUUACUCUUCCACGCCCAAGCAGUCGCCGGCUCUUGCAACAACGCAUGUGCCUCCGCCAACGACACAAGUUGGCCUUGUUCGUAGCACAAGCGCCAGUGUCGCGCCGACGACUCUGACGGCCGGGGGGUCACCAUCUAUCAUGCCGUCCUUGCGGCCGGCAACAAGUUCUGUACCCCUUUCGACGCCGACGCCACCAGCUUCGGGUCUAGCUCCAGUUCUAGUCCCAGCAUCAGGCACAGCGGCCAAACCGGCACCGGCUCCGGCUCCACCUGCCCAUGUGCGGGCACUGUCCUCUGUAUCGUCACCAAGUCCCUCACAAGCAACGCCACUGCAGCCUCCACAACAGCGUUCUAGUUUAGACGUCGAUACCGUUGAAAAUCGACGGCAGGAUCUGACACAACAGAGCCAACAAAGCCAGCGCGCACAAAGCAUGCCUCGGCAAGUGCAGGUACCAACCUCGCAGCCUCCCCAGCAACGUCAGCAGCCUCCCCAGCAGCAAUAUGCUUGGAAGACUUCACAACUGUCACCAUCGCCGCAGCCAUCGUACCCGGCGAACCAGCCUGUACCGCACAGUCACCAACCACAACGGCCGCUGCAUGCUCCAGUUCGGCCACCAGACCCAGUCAUAAGUCGCCGUGCGCCCAUUGUCAACCGACCCCCGCAAGGGCCCCCUCCACCGGCUCCUCCACGUGUCGAGCCGAUUUACUCGGAUCCCCGCGGCGGUAUCCCGCAUCCGUCACCGGGGCGCGACUACGCGCGGGAGAACCCCAAGAUCCAGGAGGACUAUAUGCGCCUGACCUUUGCGAUCGAGCAAAGUGUGUCAGCUGCUGUCCGGUGUGCAAUACGCCAGAACUGGCAGAAGUGUCUUAUGGGUACCAGCUUCCACCAAGGCUUUAUGCUCAACGCGCUUCUUGAUAGUGCUCCGCCAGAUGUUGCAAAGGGCUCCAUUAAGGAUUUUGGAAGACGAGUAGUGAAGAUUGCGCGAGCCGAGCUUGUGUCACAUCUGGACACGUCGGACAUUGACGAGAUUGCCGGUAUCAUCCUGGCCAAGGCCAGCAACCAGUUUCUCGACGCGGCACUCGAAGCUCGAUUGCGUACAAUCGAUGCGAAGCCGCUGAUCAAUGCUCUUGCGCGUGCUGAGCGGCUUGGCUACGAACCGGACGACAUUGUUGAAGAGCCCGUCAGUGGACAGGAACGGGUCAUCCCGCAGAACGUGCCAGAACCUCCGCCGCCAACGUCUGCACCAGCUCCGCCGCCUAUGAAGCAGUGUCGAAUGUGCAACCGGGUCUUUGACAAGGAGCCACCUUAUGUUUAUCACAACUCUACUGGCGCCUGCUCAAAAUACGAGACACGGAAUGAUGCUAUCCCGGCGCCAAAGCCUCCGGCAGCAAUGCCAUCGACAGCAUGGCCUUCGGCCACGAUGUCCCCGGAGCCGACAGCGCACGGUGCUGUAGGUGGUAAUUUUGGCCAGUCAAAGGAAAGUACCUUCCCGGCAGCACGAUCAACGGCCACUCCUGUCCGCACGAUUGAGUCUCAAACAGGUUCGCCGUCGGGUCCUGGAUUGAAAACGCCCACCUCCGACCCGUAUGCACACUUGUCCGAGGCACAGCUCGCGGCGCUGAACGAAGAGCUUCAAAAGGCAGAGAAGAUGUACACCGAAAAGUUCCGCGAAGCAGAAGAGAUUGCCGACCUGGCCGAGCGACAGACGAUCAUCGGCAAUCUAAAGAACUCGUUUGGCACGAGACAGUCCAUCAUCCGGAAAAAGUGGGGCGUACGGCUGCGUGAACGUCGCACCAAGGCCGAAAUUGAGGCGGAGAAGGCGCGCAUGGGCCUGCUGCGUGGCGCCAAAGACAGCUCGCCGACCACCGGUAGGUCGUAUGGCAGCCGUUCGACGCCCACCUCGUCGCAAGCCAACGGUACCAAUUACGAUUCCAUAAAGCGCAUGCGUACAGACGAUGGCUCGGGCUCGCAGCAUGGCACGGGCUCACGGGGCUCGUUUGACGCAUCGGAGCCCAAACGAAAAACUCCUACGCCGGCAUAUCACUUGCUUGAGACGCCCCGCGCGCAACCGCUGCCGCGACCCGUGGACAACGAUGACGACAACGCCAACAAUUCGGACUCGUCAUCCGACAACGACGACAUCCCGGCCCGGCUGCCCGACUCGGUGCGGCAGAGUUUGAGUGCGAGCCAGCGAUUGUAG